GCAAAUCAGACGCAUCGUCGCCAACAUCGCAACGCUGACGUGCCACGAGUUCGUUUUUCGUUCGUUGCUCUGUUUAACGGUAUUUUAAAUAAUUGAAAAGCGCGUCAAAAACACUUUUUGAGAAAACUAAAACUGAACGAGCGCCGAAUUGCCUUUGAAGGCUACAAAGCAACAAAAGUCAAAACGAAAAAAAGCAAACGCAAAAAAGUAAAUAAAACGGAAAAGAAUAAAAGAAAUUGUUGCAUGCUUUUAGGCAGCACAAUUGUUAAUUGAUAUUUGCAGUCGAUGUGUGCUUGUGUGCGUGUGUGUGAGUGCUGCUAGUUCGAAUGCUUUUUUGAUUAAAGUGCGCGCGUGAAUAGUUUGGUGAAUACUUUUUUGUGUGCAAUCAGCAAAUUGAGGGCCAACUCUUUUGGCUCACACAAGCAAGUCUGCAACUAAUUGCCCAAAGCUGCAGCCUUAAAUGAUAUAAGGCUCUACUGAAUUUCAACCGAACUGUUCACGUCGAAUGCCAAACAAUAACUGAGCGGAUCGUCGCGGAUCGGUGCAAAUUGUUGUUCGACAGCGUCGCAACGUCUCGUCGGGAGAGGGAGAGGGAGAGCUUAACGGUAAAAGGCGCUCACACUCUGACCUAGAGAGUCAGACGAAGGUGUAGGAGACGAGCGAGGCGAGCGAGGCAUGCAAAAGCUGGCUGUGUGAAGGGGAAUAAACUGGCACAACAACUUUAAAAGUACAAACCAAGUGCAGAAUUGAAGAGCACAGACCGAGCAACAAUGCAAAAUGCGAUGUCAGCAACAGCAACAGAAGCAGCAGCAGCAAAAGCAACGACAACGACAGUAAAAGCGAGUCAACAACAGCUUAAAACAUAAUACGCUCAUGGCAAAGUAGGAGGCGGUAUCCAGAAGAAGAAGUCACCGAGUUGCAUUGGAAAGAGGGGAACAGAACAGAACAGAACAGAGGGCUGUGGAAAAGUUAGAACAAAGCGUCAGCAGAAUGAUGAGAAAUCUUUGCUGUAAUUAGUAAACGGAUGGCUGACAAACUGCACUGUGACUAUGAAUCAAAUGUUAAGCUGGGCUAAAGCGGAAGCGGAAGAGGAAGCGAAAGCGGAAACGUUUGUGCAGGCCCAAUAAAACAGACUAAAUGUUUCGUCGACCGCGGCAGAAGCGAUUGCAGCAACAGCCACAAAUGCUAAACAGUUUGCGAUCAUGUGCGACGUUGAGAAGGCGAUUAGGAGCAAUCAAAGCGAAGACAAUGACGAUGAUCAGGACGAUCGAGAACAACAACAGCAACAACAUCCUCACCAUCAACACGAGGACGACGACGACGAGGAGCAGCUGCAUCUCAAUGAUGCCACAGACGUGAAGUCAACGGCUUUGGCCACAUCGUCCAAUAAUAAUGGCACCAAGCGAUGCUUGGGACAGCUUCUGAAGAUAUUGCUAUCAUCGCCAGGUCUUGUAAUUCUAGUCACUGGUUACUCUGUGCUCGGAGCUCUGAUCUUUCCUCUGCUCGAAGCACCGCAGGACCUGAGCAAAUCGGCAGUCAUUGCCAAAAGCCGUGAAGAUUGCCUUCGUGAACUCUGGAUCAUAACGGAGAAACUAAACGUUCUGUAUGAGCGCAAUUGGACGAUGCUGGUGCACGAGCAGCUGCGACGCUUCGAGGGCUCCAUUGUUGCUGCAACGCGGCCAGGUGGCGGAGGUGGUGCAACAUCGGCUCAACUUGCUGCUGGCGGUGCCAGCGCUCUGGGCCAUUUUGGCUACGACACUUUCACCGGCGACACACACAGCUGGACAUUCAGCGAGGCUCUUCUCUAUUCGGUGACUGUGAUAACGACCAUUGGCCAUGGCAGCCUAACGCCACGCACAGCAGCUGGUAAACUAGCAACGAUAUUCUACGCACUCUUCGGCGUGCCCUUGAUGCUGAUGUGCCUGUCUAGCCUUGGUGCGUUGCUUGCUGAGGCGUUGCAAUGCACGUACAUUCGGCUUUGCUGUCAGUUGCAGCGAACGUCAGGCGACAGCGGGAGUGAGAAGAAGACGUCAGCGACGGGAGCGAUGACAAAGCGACGUCAUUCAGCUAGCAAUGGGGCAAAUUGUAAGGGCUGCAAAUACGAUGUCGCCAACAGCGAAACGAGCCUGAAUGAGUGCUACGAAUAUGGCCAGAAGACCACAACAUCGUCGAGCAUGAAACGCAAGUUGUCACUGGAACACGCAGAAGAUGCCUGUCAAUUGUUACACAAUGCGAUGCCAAGUAAGUUGAAUCACCAGCAACAAAAGCAGCAGCAGCAGCAGUUUUACCAGCAGCAGCACCAACCGGAUGUCAUGCUAAUGACAACAACAACGAAUGGCAAUACAUUGCUGAAAUAUGCACCGUUGCCACAACAACAUCAACAUAAUCAACAGCAACAGCAGCAGCAGUCCUUGCAUUACAUAAACGCAGCAUCGCAGCAACAGCAGCAGCAAUUAUCGACAGCAACUUUGCCGCGACAACAGCAGCAACCACAGAAUUUUGUCGCCGUGCCGAGCAGCAUGCUGCGUUUCAGCGGCCCAUCUACCUUGCCACUCACAGCUGCAGCUGCAGCUGGACCACCGAAUUGCUAUGCCCCAGCAACAGCAACGAUUUACUUUCCAUUCGCGCCAGCAACAUCCAGCCCAGUGCAUGCUGCUGCCACGAACUGUCACCAGCCAUUGGUAAAGUAUCAUACGAUACACUUACAGCCAUCUGCCAAGCAUCAGCAUCGGCUGCUCACUACAAUCGAUGCAACAGCACAAAGCGACGACAUGGUGGCAACGACUUCAACGCUGGAAUCCAUCACAUUGCCACCGCCGCCAGCAUAUCAAACCGCCAAUACGCAUGCCGUGAGGAGAGCCAAAUUCGUGACCCAGCCAUUGGCCCACGAGAUCAAUCCGCUUCUGAAUGUGGGUGGAACAACGGCAGCAGGGUCGAGUGAUUUAUCCUGCAGGCAUGAUUUAUUGCCGCAUGCAUUAUCAACAACAGCAUCAGCAGCGGCAUCAGCAGCGGCAGCCAUAACAGCAACAGGCACAACUGCAACAACUAGCAUCAUGCAACUGUCAGCAGGCAUUAAAACAACAGCAACAAUGCCCGAUAACAGUUUUAUAGCCGCAGGUGUCUGUGACGUUGGCUUUGGUGUCCGUGCCACAGCAACAGCGGCAAUGGCAAAAACAGUCCCAACAACAACAACAUCAACAGCAGCAACAUUGUCGGCGCUGCUCAGCUCGAGUGGCAAUGUGGACAUCAUGGAGGAUGAGGACGAACAGGAGCGUGAACGCUCAAGCAACUGCCCACAUGGCACGCCCUCGCGUGUCCCAUUGAUAGCCAGCUCCGGUUGCAGCCCAUUAAGUCUGCCCCACGAGCUGCCUCUGGCCGAGAAGUCGAACUCUGGAUCUGGGGCUAGUAAUCCGGCACGCGGUCUGCUUAAUGCGACGGCCGCCUCAUUUCAUCGCCACACUCUCCAGCCGCUCAACCGCAAGACAAUGCUGCUUACUCGUCGAUGCCAGAAGCAUGCCACGGAGCUGUACGAUGCCACAGCCAACACGGAGACUUCGGACGAUGAAGAGUACAUGCAGCACGGCAGCGAGCAGUUUGUGCUGAAGAAGCUGAAGCACAGUAGAAGCAGAAGCAGCGUGGCUGACUCACAGGAGUGUCUCGACCAUCACGAGCUGGAUGAUGAGGACGAUGAGUAUGAGUUACAGCGUCAGGUGCCCAUCAGUCUGGUGCUGCUCAUUCUGAUGUGCUACAUCUGUGUGGGCACAGUUGUAUUUGCCCUCUGGGAGAACUGGUCACUUGUGGAUGGCGCCUACUUUUGCUUUGUCACACUUUCGACAAUUGGCUAUGGUGAUUUCGUGCCGUCUCGCAGCUUUAAUGGCCCUGAACUUCAGCUGUACGCAUGCUGUGCCUAUCUGUUGCUUGGCCUCGUCCUUGUGGCCAUGUCCUUUAGCAUACUGGAGACGCAGUUGAUGUGGAAAUGCAAACGGAUUGCGGUGCGACUGAAGUUGGCCAGCGAUUGAUUCGACUCCUUGCCGUAUAUGUAUAUGAAGGACACUCCUAUUAGAGUUUAUUCUAGAGCCGUAAACCAAAUAAAAUUAAAAUGCUUAACCGUGUGUAUGAUAAACGUAAUAUUAACUAAAACUAAAUAGUAAACAGACAACACGCAUAAUGUAAAUUUAUCUGGUAAUCCUGUUGUCUACUCUCUACUCCUAAAUGGCAAAUGGAAAAUGUAAAUAAAUCGAAU